AGAAACAUGGCGGUUCAACAUGGUGGACUCCAUGGAAGACAACCUGCAGCGUAGAUAUUUACGGCUCUUUCCAAGCUUCAGAGUCCCUACAGAGGUUGUCCAGCUCAAUCGGGGUCAUUGUUCACUAUCUAUGGCUCGAAUUGACCAACAACCAAUGGCAGAAAAACCCUUGAUAGACUGGGACAGCGGUGUGUUUGACUGCUUUGAGGAUGCGAGUACUUGCUGCUAUGGUUUCUGGUGCUGUCCUUGCCUUGCCUGCACAGUUUCAGGACAAUUUGGAGAAAACCAGUGUCUGCCAUUAUGCGACGUAUGCAGCCCUGCAAUACUCGCAGCCUGUGGGAUACCAUUCUUUGUUCCUCCUGCACUCUUGUCUCUAAGGGCCUCCAUGAGAAACAGAUAUGGAAUCAAGGGUUCUCUCUGUGAAGACAUCCCAGUUUCCUGUUUCUGCGUCUGGUGCGCCUGGUGUCAGAUGCAUCGCGAGUUAAAACAUCGCAAGAAGAGUCCCACUGUCGUCAAUGCGCAGCCUCACACCUUUGUCAAUGCGCAGCCUCAAACCUUUGUCAAUGUGCAGCAGAACGCUCCACAGAUGAUGGCUCCCCAACCUGUUUUCAUGAGCCAACCAGUCGUCAUGAUGUCAUACUGAGCUUUGUGGCUUCUCAUUGGUCUGCUGUCUCUAAUGAAGGUAAUAUGAUUCAGAUCAUGCUGCGGUUUGUUUUACUGACAAAAAGACUUCCUCUCUUGAUAAUCAUGAUUCAAUCAAUUACAGUAACACUAUGGUAAUAGUAAUUAUACGUAACUUGGUCUUCUUGUUUAUGCCUACAGGGUCAAAUUAUUUUAGUUGUCUGAAGUUUUUCUGUUAAAACAAACAAAAAAUGAGGCAAUCUGUGGUUUGAGUUAAAUCUGAUCUGAUCAAUACAACUCAUAUUCAAACAUAUCCAAUUGCAUCAAUCAAAUUAUUCUUAUUAUUUUGAGUUCCAAGGUGAAUUUAAUGGAUAUUUAAUAUUUAAUAUGAUGCACUUAUGAUAGGUUUAUGUAAUUAGUAUAAAAUAUAAAACCUAAUAUGCUGGUGAACAGAAUUUUUGUCUUAAUAUGUAUUAAAUUGUUGUUCAUUUCAGUUUCAUUUUUAAGCUCAAAAUUUAUUCAGUUUCAUUGUAAUUUCCGUUCAAAUGUUUUUUUCCAUCUGUGGGGAGAUGCAGCCUAUUUGCACAUGACUCAUACAGCAGGUCAUGGCUGCUCAAGAAUUCUGUAUUAGUUUGUUUCCCAAGAGAAAAAAAUGCUCUUAAAUCACUCAAACAAACCACUAAAGAGCCAAUAUGUUUGUAAGAGUGGUUCUUGCUCGAGGCCCCAAGUUCUCAUGAUUUACAGGCUUGACCUGGCAGUAGUAUCAUAGUAAUCAGCUGAUCACAUUAGAGAACACCUUUAGGAAAUGAAUGCCUGGCUGAGUCUAUCGUAGAGUACGGUAAAACAUCAUUACACAACAUUACAAAAAGUAUGCUAAAGAAACCCUGUCUGACUGCAUUUGAACAAACAAUUGCAGACAUUAGUCAUCUGUACACAAUGCCUUCCUUCUAAAACAGGGACACCUAAAGUGAGCCCUACGGGACAAAGUAAAACGUUCUGAUAUAAAAUUCCUGUUUUAUUUUUUAUGCAAUUUUUAUAUAUAUAUUUAAAUGCUCUUUAAAUAUGUAAGAUUCCUAAUAAUUUUUCAUAACUGAGCAUGGAGGGCAGAGUGACAACUUUCACACGAAGUCAGUCAAUUAAGGGAACUUGGGAUCUUAGUACCAUUUUGCAUCUUAACAGUACAAUACAAUAAGGGUGUCCUUUUGGCCCGUGGCCCAUCAUUUAGCUUCAGUUUUGGCCCUCCAAGGGAAAAUGUUUGUUCUGAAAGCAGAUUUCUAAUUUCUAGCAUUCAAAUUAAUUCCAUAACGGAUAAUAAAGCUUAACUAGAGAUUAUGUUGCUUUUGUUGCUGACUAACACUGAGACUUGUAGCACCAGAUUCAGGGACUUACUGGUAUGUUUGGUCAAGGAUAAACUUUUUUUACUUACAAGCAUUUACAUCACUUGUUAAUAGCCAUUAUACAUUUUGUUCUUGUUGUGAUUAAUUUGUCUAAUCAAGCACUUGAAUAAAAUUUCUUUACACCAUU